GUGGGAAGUGCUUGAGAAUAUCCAGGAUAUUACUUUGGCUUUUUCGUGAAAAAAUCCUGAUUUUCCAACGUAUUUCAUCACAACUGUUGUAAAAUAUCCCACUCCAAUAAGUUCACGCAUCAGAAAAGGCAUUUCGAUCCGAAAAUGCCCACCGCGAGCGCCGCAUCAUGGGUGAAAUUCUUCACCAAUGCCGGCAUUCCGUCGCAAGCGGCCGCCGGAUAUGCUCAUGUAUUUGUCGAAAAUCGAAUACAGAUGGAUAUGCUGAUGGAUCUUAACAAGGAGUACCUCCGGGAGAUGGGGAUCACUACGAUGGGUGACAUCAUAGCAAUACUGCGCCACUCAAAGGUGGUAAGCGAUCAGAGCGCUCGUGACCGGGUGCUAUCCACACCGGUGGAAGAAGGUAGCAAUGGUAGUUCCUCCGUGCCGGUUGCGGCUGUUUCGGCGACUCAGAGUUCCGGUCCGAAAUCGGUGGUUUCCAGGCCCAGUUCAACAGUAUCCCUUCCUAGUAAACCGCGUCGGAUUUUCCCAGAGCACAAAGUCACACUGCCCACAAGUGGCAACAGUGUUCGGUCUGUCAAUGAAGUUCCAGAUAGGAAAACUUUUUCGGCAUCGUCGUUGAUUAGUGGUAGCGCAAGUAAGAAAGCAGAUGUCUUCAAGAGACUUUCACACAACUCGGACGAUAAUGUUGACGAGGACGGGGACUUUGGCCGUCGUGAAACACCUUCGAAACUUGCAUCGAAGGUAACCCUCAAGGGCAUAGAACAGUUUAGACCCAGUAAGAGUUCUACGUCGAUUUUCUCUCGCCUUGGAGGAAAGAGCAAACGGGACAUAACGGAUGGUCCCACUGGAAUUUUGAAAAAAUCACCCAAUAAACCUCUCAUAUCGGAUCGCAAAAUUACCACAACUUCACAGAAGGUAAUUCUGGUCAAAAAGAUACCCGCCAAGGCGGUCACCGUUUCGGACGAAGAAGACUUUCGUAUGCGCAAGGGUAACAGUCGUCAGCGGUCUUACAGCGACCGUAUGGAUACAGGAGAACCUCUGAAGAUGGUGUCAUUCUCCGAGGAGGAUGAAGUGCUCGAAAUAGAUCCUCGCCCUGUGGGCCAAGCCUCUCCGAAAGGUGGUGCUCGAAUGCGGUUCAAUGAACGGGAAAUACCCGUACGAUCAAGACUUGGCCAUUCGCCGAAGCAGCAAGUUUCUCCUCUGCGUGGACCGAAGAAAACGGUCUAUAUGAAAGGCCAAAAAUCGCCAGCUGGUAACAUCACAACCCUGUCGCCUUCGUCGCUAUCGCGAUCGAAGAUGAAGGCCGACGCGAUGCUGCUUCGCAGCGAAUUACCCAUCAAGAAUCGACUGAAUAUGGCCGCACGAAGUGGUUCUCCUGGCAAAAAGGUGACCGCCAACAACAGGAAUGAUCGGCUGAGCCUGGAUUCAAAGUUGGCUAAUUUGAAACUGAAGGGACCGGGAAAACCGACGUCGGGUGGCAGAAAAAGCGUACCUAGUGGAAGCGUGUUCGACCGGUUGGGAUACAAUAGAAAAUGAACGGGAUGGGGUAACUUGUGCGUUUGCCCUGUGUCUAUAGAGUUUAGUUUGUCUAUGCCAACAAUAUACAUACAUUUGAAGGAUUAUCUACUCCGAAUGGAAGGAUGAUCGCCAACAAUAUUGAAAGAUUUGUUUGUUUGACGGAAUAUGAAUCGAAUGAAUUGACCAUUAUUAGCCGUAUUCUGUAUUUUCCGUGGAUUUCAUUUUCAGUGUUCUAUUUACAUUGAUAAUUUCAGUCGACAGCAGAGUAAAUCUUAUCUUUUGAAUCGAUUUGUUCACCUAGCGUUAGUGUUAGUAUUCUGGCUCCAAAUAUGAUGAGAGUACCUCAU